CAAAGGCAGCCCCCGACUUUCUACGCGCCGCGCCGUGCCGUUGUCGCUCCUUUGGCAUGGAUGUCUGGCUUGCUGGGGCGUCUGCACCUUGCCCGGGCCAACCACGUGGUCCGACCAGGAUCUCGGGAUCGCGACACUCCUCGGCGCCCCGGAGGUAUGGCAGGUGUGCACCAAGCCGCCGUGGCGGCUUUGGGGCUGAGGAUGGCGGCCAGGCACAUGGCCAAGGCUCAGGUACGUCUCUUGCGGAAUUACUCCGAGUCAAAGCAGAUUGAGAUCCUGAGCGCAGAGGCCAUGGAUGCGCUGAGGCCGGCGCCGCCGGGCGCCUUCCGGAAAGCGCUCCUGGAGGGCUUCGGGAGAGAGGUGCAGAGCUUCAGCCCGGAGGUGCACCAAGGGGACCGGCGCCGGCUGCUGCAGCGCCUGCGGAGGUGCCGCCUGGGGGAAGACUUGGCGUCGCUGGGCCUGGAGGCUGAGGAGGCGCGAAAAAUCACGCAGGCGUAUGUGCAAUCCCUUUGGACUUUGGCUGCCCGCCGGGGCUUGGCCGUAGACGCCAAGGGCAGCAAGAUGCGCAGUGCAGCCGCAGAUUUAGCUCGAGCAUUCCUUUCAGAGGAAGCUUGUCCGCAUCCAGUUGCUGAUGGCCGCUUGCCUGUUCAGCCCUUUGUGGAUGGCGAGACGGUUGAGCGGUGGAGGCUGGUGGGGUCCUGGCUGUCGGAGCGCGCCAUGGAGCGGGAGCCGGACAUGCUCUUCAAGGCCGAGGACUUCCAUGAGGCGGUGGCGCCUUUUUGGCGCGAGCAGCUGGAACGGGUGAACCGCCCCGAGGCUUUGCGCCUGGUGCGCCACCUGGGUGGGGACAACCUCUUCGGCUGGCUGAAGAGCAUGGCAUCCUCCAAGCCCACGGGCCUCUUCCAGCAAGCGCUGGCCUGGAAGUCCCAGCAGCCCCAUACCGUGCUGCUGGUGCAGGUAGGCGACUUCUUUGAGGCCUGGGGUGUCGACGCGGUGAUGCUGGUGCAGUGGUGCGGCCUGAAUCCCAUGGCCAGGAGGGCCCGCGCUGGCUUUCCGGUGAACGCUGCAAGCCUGCAGCAGACCGUGGACUGCCUCACGCGCGCCGAUUUGUCGGUGGCCGUGUACGUCCAGUCGGCCGAAAAGAAGACCGUGCGAGUGCUGCGGCAAGUGCUGACCCCCGGGGCUCCAAGCUACCUCCACGGACACGAGCUCGGCAAGGAGACCAUCGGCGAGUUCAGUGAGGGGCGGCCAUACAUUGCCAUGCGCCUGAGGACAGAUGGCCUUCUUUUUGCCGAGAUUCGGCCCUUCCGGCGGGAGGUGCGAUUCCGCGAGGACGUCACGCCGGAGGCGGUGGAGGCGCUGUUGGCGGAUCAGGACGGGGUGGCGUGGCCCAUCUUCGUGGACGGCUCCAAGCGGUCCUUCCUCCAGGCCAACAAGUGGAAGUGGUUUCCAAAGCAGCGCCGCUGGAUGAAUCUGCCGCCUGAGGUACAGGACGACUACUUCCUCCAGCGAUGUUGCCAGGAGUUGUGCCACACGCUGCAGCUUUCGCAGGACCCGCCCUUCGUCCAGGUUCGGCUCAACACCGCCGGGGCUUUGCAGCCGUUGACCUUGUCGACCUCCAAGAACCUGGGGGUUCUGCAGCGGGACGGUGUGCCGCUCUUGGUGGACCACGCGCUGCCGGAGGCCGCCCCCGCCUCCACGCGGCGCUUGAUGCGGCGCUGGCUGCUGGCGCCCAGGUCCCAGGACACCGUGUAUGCGAUGCGAGAGCUGCUGCAGGUCUUUAUUUCUAGCCAGGCUCUGGUCUUGCCACCGCUGCAUCGUGUGCCACCGGUGGCAAAGGUUAUUGCAUUCAUCACGGCCCGGACAGGGUCUGAGCGAUUAUUCCGGGACAUCCAGGAUUGUUGCCAGGGGUUGCAGAUGAUUCUGGCAAAGGAGAGGUAUGGAUCGCUUUGGGAUCCACUCCUUAAGAUCGUGGCCGCGGACACCGGCUCGGAACUGCAUCGCGAUGACUUUUUGCGGGACCUGCGGCAAGUGCUGGACCUGAUCCAAGAUCGCUUGCAUGACUCCGCCUCAGCUGAUGAUCCCUUAGCAGAUUGCAGCGUCUCCAAAGAUGCUGAUACCCAGCGUGCCGUGGAACGCCUCUUCGAGUCCAACGAAGCCUUCCGCGGCAUUGCGUCGCGGGCGCAGGAGUCAGUUGCAGCCGCCUACAAAGGUGUUCAAGAUGCCAGAGAUCACUUGUGCCAAGCGCUAAAAGAAGGCCUGCCGGCCAAGCACAGCGAUGCAUUGGUGUAUAACCCAUUCGACAAUGACCUGUGCUUCAAGCAGAAGCCAAGAAAUGACAGCCAUGCUGCGCAUGAUCGCAAGGGCAAGGCCAAGAAGGACCGCUUCACCACAAAGAAGCUUGAGGCGGCUCUGAGCGCGUAUCUGAGCGCGGCGAAGCGCGCGGAGCUCGCGGUGCAGCAGAGCUUGGAGCAGCUCUGUGAUGAGCUGAGCGGCCACGUGUCAGCACUUCGUGGCACAGUGGCUGCCGCCGAGCUGCUGAUGACUGCGCACGCACACGCGUCUCAUGCUUCCAGACUUGGCUGGUGCUUGCCAGAGCUCAACGGCACGAAGCUGCAAGCCACCAUUGCACCAUAUUGGAUGGACCCGGGGGACGCGGUGUGGUCGCAUGUGGAUUUGGACCUCUGCGGCGCCAUCGCCACGGGGCCCAACAUGUCGGGCAAGAGCACCCUGAUGCGGGCCAUAGGCGCCUCUGCGCUGUUGGCGAACUGCGGCUUCCUUUGUCCUGUGAAGCCAGGCGCGACUGUGCCGCAGUACCAGCAGGUGGUCUUCAUCUCAGCGGAAGGAGACCGUCCAUCCGAGGGUGUCAGUGCGUUUGGCCGCGAAGCCAUGAUCUCAGCCUCGCUUCUGCGGCGUGCUGGCCAGGGCACACUGGCGCUGGUGGACGAGUUCGGCUCUGGUACCGAGCCUCGCGCUGCCAAGGCAGCGGUUUGCGCACUCCUCGAGGAACUCUCCGCGCAAAGCACGCAGUUCGUGGUGGCCACUCAUCUCCACGACAUUGUGGAUGUGGACCUCAGAUUGGAUGGCAAGGCGCAGCCCAUCGCGUGGCGCAUGGGUAUGAAGAAGACCGGAGGGUUCCCGGUCUGGACCUACGCCUUGGAGCUGGGCGUGUGCCGGGACUCCUUGGCCGCCCACACCUUGGAGCACUUCGGGUGGCCGGCGCGGGCCCUCGGCCGCUUCCAGGCGCUGCUGGCGCCGAACGCGGCGCAGUCGGAGGUGGAGACGAAGGACCCGAGUGGUUCUCCGAACGCCCCCGAGCCGGAGCCGGAGCCCGCAAAGGAGCCGGAGCUGUCGGAGGCAUCGAGCGUCGACUCCGUAGAAGCAGUCACUGAGAUGAUGGCGGCACUCAAGGAUGAGAGCGAUGUCCUGCUGCUGCAGCCGCAAGACAUGCUGCCGGCACCGCUGUGCGCAGGAAAAGCGGUGCUCUACGCUUUGCUCCUGAGCGGCCGGCUAUACAUAGGACAAAGCGACAAUAUGCAGCAGCGACUGCGACAGCACCGGCAACGCUUUGGUGAGCGCUUGGAGGGGCUGCUGCUACUUCCCGUGGCCAACACCGGAGAGGCGAGGCGCCUGGAGACACGGCUCCAGCGGCAGCUGCUGCUGCGGGGCUUUGCGCUGGAGAGUUCCCAGGAUGCCCUGCACAGGAACUUCUCCGACGAGGCUGCGGCUGAGGCAGAGGACGAGGCGAUGCGGCUGCGGCGCAUCGCGGAAGAGCUCCUCGAGAUGGCCCACCGCCGCUGAGGGCUGGCGCCGGCGCUAAGCCUGCCGCGAGAGAGAAGCGGCCAAAGAGAGGCGGCAAGAUUGAAGUGUUCCGAUUUUUUUGGUGGUUUUGAAAGGAAAAAGAGGAGAACCACCCAUCUUGGGGGGCCCCUAGAAAAAAAGAUGCCCAAUUGGUCCGUGCCGGGACUGUUGCAAGGCUUUGGGGAGCUAAUUCAGUGCAGGCGUCGAAUGGGAGCACUGCAACACAAGCAGUGCCUAAGAGCCGUCGCAACGCGC